AUGGCCUAUAGAACACAUUCUAAAAAGGAUCCAGAUGAAAGUUUAACCAACAAUAAAGAACAAAAUGUUCAAAUAAGUACACCUUCAAUUCAUCCAAAAUUUGCUUUCAAUAAAAAUGCAUUAUCAGAAAAAUAUAAAUUAAAACUUAAAGAUGCUGAAUUGAAGUUUGUAGUCGCUGGUUCGCAUUCAUUUAACUCAUUAGAAAAUGCUAGAAUUUUAACAUUAAUACAAACAAGUAUUGAAAUCGGAGCAAAUUUUGGUUUAGUAGAUGUUCAAGAUAUAUUUUAUGGAAGAAAAACUAUUCAUGAAGAGGCUUUAUUAAAAUUCACUCAAUAUACGACUCAAAUACGUUCUUUAUUGGACGAACCAAUACAGCAACAUUGCUUAGCAGGAACUGAUGACAUUUGGACUGAUGACUUAAUGAAGAGAAGUUAUUUAGACUUCACAGUUUUUUUUGUUAAUGAUGCUUACGAAUUAAAGCAUACAAUUUUAUCGUUUGGUGAUACACCUAUUACUACUGACCAAGGAUCAAAUAUGAUAAAAGCUUUAAGUUUAACAGAUGAAGCAAGAUACUCUUGUUUAGCGCAUCGAACGAAUACUGUUUUAGAAACAGCAUGGGAAAAUGUCAAGAUACUUAAUGCUGAAUUUAAAAUGUUUUGUACAUCUGUAAGUAAUCUUCGAACUUACUGUCAACAAAGUGGUGGUAUUCAAUUUAAAUUACCUAAAACAUUAAAAAGCUCCAGUGGUACACGCCCAUGGCGCUCAUAUUUUCUUAUUCACAACAGUCUACAUCAAUCAUAUGAAUCAUUAUUAAUUAUAUUACGUGAAAGGGGUGAGCAACAUCGUAUUCUACAAAUUGAUCCACAAUUGCUACAUGAAAUAAGUACGUUCAUGGAAAAGUUUAGCUUAAUUUUUGAUAAUUUGGUGUUUUCCAAUCAACUAACGUUACAAAAUGUUAUUCCAAGUUAUUAUCGUAUGAGUGAAUAUUGUAUUAUUGACAAUAAACGAAAAAAUUCAAUCAUUAAUUUAUUAAAAGUUCAAAUCGCUAAAGAACUUAUUGAAAAAUACCUGACGUCAACAACACAGUUGCAUUGGAUCGCAACUUAUCUAGAUCCCACAUUCAAAGAUCUAUUUGUUAUCGAUAAAUCAUAUUUGCUUGAACAGAAGAAAUCAAUUAAAGAUGUGUCGUCAACCACAGUUUCAGCGAAUUCAUUUACCGAUGAAAUUGGACGACAACUUCAAAUAUAUGAAAGGACAUUAUAUGAAUUACCGGAAGACAGUAAUCCAUUAAUCUUCUGGAGUGACCAACAAAACGUUUUACCCAUUCUAUCGAAAAUAGCAAAAUCUGUUUUUGUUAUACAAGCGUCAUCUGCUGAAUCUGAACGACAUUUCUCAAUAGCGGGACAAGUUGUCACUGAGCAACGAUCUCAGUUGGAACCUGAAUGUUUAGAAUCACUUGUCGUUCUCAAAGAAGUUUAUUUAAACAAAACAUGGCCUAAAUAA